AUGGACUCGGCCAAGAUCUUCGCUUUGGGUCUAGCGGCCGGACUCACCAUCCAUGUGGUGCUGCGCAGCAAGGCUAGGCAGGCCAAGCAGGAGCUCGCUGCUGCAGACAAGGCGCAGCCGGGAUCAAUAGCGAAGAGCAAGAAGAAGAACAAGAAGAAGGCUGCCACUACCACUGCAGCGCCGACACCCGCGCCUGAACCGAUCAAGGUCGAGGAGAAGCCCGCUGCUGUCGAGGCUCCGGCACCUGCAUCGACCGCGUCGAAGAAGAACAAGAAGAAGUCUAAGGCGCCGUCGCAGCCCGCCCCGACCGCAGCAGCGAAAGAGGAAGAUGCGGACACCUACGCAGAGGUAGCGGAAACGACUCCCGCGCUGAACAACGAGACGAUUCGCUCGCGGGCCGACGCGGCGCAGACCGCCUUCACCGCCUCCCUCGGCGAUAUGCGCGAUGCGGACGUCGACGCGCUCCCCGCUGGCUACAGCAGCGUUGCGCGCAUCCCCGCGCCAGAGGUCGACGCGCCCAAACCCAAAUUGUCCAAGAAAGAGCAGGAUGACGGCUGGUCUUCGGUCGGCGGCACCUUCACCACAUCCACUCCUGCCGCGAAGCCCAACGGUGCCAGUGCAAGCACCAACGGUACGAAGAGCAUCGCAUCCACCAACCCCUUCGCCGCCCUCCCUGACGACGCCACCACCUCGUCCGUUCGCCGGCUUCCGACUAAAGCUUCCAAGCCUUCGGCAAACGGCUGGACCAUCGCCUCUUCCUCCCCCAAGCCCAAGCCAAAUGGUCCCGUGGAGGCAGAGACGAAAAAACAGCGCUCCAACGCGAACAAGACCCAAGCGAAAAAAGCGGCCAAAGAAGAAGCCGACCGUCUGCAGGCCGAACGACUGGCCAACCACAGGAGACAGCAGGCCACCGAGGCGGCCAAAGCCAGGGAGGUGAGCAAGAGGCCCAGCCCGCAGAGUGUCCCCGGAGCGGGGAAGCAGACUAGUGCCAAGGCUAGUGUUGAUCUGAACGGGAGGUUGGUUUGGGAUUAG